AUGGAUGAUUUGUUCAAUUUCGGAAACUAUAUGAUGCGUGAUGAGUCUGGAGAAGCUCUUUCCACCAAUAAGAAAAGGAAAGGUGGUCCAAUUGGAGGACCGAAAGGUAAAAAGUCGCGAUUUGAUAGGAAGAAAAGCCAGAAGAUGAAGCUGAAAUCGAAGGUGAGAAAAUCGCUGGCAAUUCUUAUUCAGCACGCAGUCGUAACUUUCAAAAUGGAUUCUUCGACGAGAUUGAACUAUUCUGUUGAUAGAAAAGCAAUUCUGGCGUUCUCCAAGGCUCCAAGAUGUUGUCUCAUAGUGAAAACGCUAUACGGAGGACUAGCUGAAGCAAUAUGUGAGGAAUUAUUCAGUUAUGGUCGACUUACAUGUUCAGACGUAAUUCGAAAGGUUUCUGCUCGUCUGGAACAACCCUUGGCCGAUCCCGUGAAGAGAAAUUUCUGUCUGUUUAAGUGA